GUCCGUUGUUCCCGAUAGUUUUCACGAGUAAUGUCCCACUCAAUUUGCAUAAUUUUAUGCUCGUUAAACAACGUCGAACGUACCAGUGAAUUACGCUUUCCGUAAUUCUGUGCGGAUUCAGGUAAAAAAAGGAAAAACAACUAGGGCGUACGAAGAAUCGACCGGAAACGGUAACCUCCUCCUCCUCCUCCAUUUUCUGGCGUUUAUAUAUUCGAGCAAAUACCUCGGAGGCCCAAGUCGUCUCGUCUUCGAGAUGCAAGAUUUCGACGUAUCGUGUAAGGUAUCGCGCGAAAGUGGUAGUAACGUUUGUACCUCGAAGCAUUUAUAACAAACGUUUCCACCAUCUCGUAUCUUUUGCUUCGCGUAAUAAACGGAUCGACGAAAAUGUUGCGAAUUAUGACGUUUCUGCUCGGUGCUUGGCUCGACGUUAUUCUAUGUGACACGGAGUUAUCAGAGAAUCAAAUAUCGUCUUGUAGGAAUCCGCCUCUGUGUGAUUUAUCGGACGAGUCGAGAAACGCGUUCCCGUUUUACUCGCGAUAUUACGCCGCGCCGGCGAAUCAUCUCCGACGCAGUUAUUACAGCGGAUUCGGCUCGUCGCCGGCUCAUUAUCACACCUUCGAUCCUAUCAGCGUGCUAGCAUCAUUGGCAUUUUUGGCGUUCUUAUUGCAGUCGUUCGCCUCGCUCUACGAUCGUUCGAGAUCGAUGCUGCCGACGAUAGUCAGCGGCCGGCGACAGUCGUCGGAUCUGACGAUUCCCGACGAGAUCUCGAGACGUGCCCUGCGCGACUACGAAAGUCUCGAUCAGAAUUUGGACACGAUCGAAUGAACAAGACUUUUUCAUCGUAACAGGGGUUUUAAGGUUCCUGCAAAUAAUU